AUGAAUAUCGAUGGAUAUGCGCUCGUGAUUGGUGGAGGCGGUGGGAUAGGUAGAGCAUGUGCGUUAGGCUUCACUAAAGAAGGAGCCGCAGGUGUUAUGGUAGCCGAUAUCGAUCUCGCGGCCGCGAUAUGUAGUGCAACCGAUUGCAAGCGUAAAUCCGCUCGUAUGGAUUUUCGGGUGCAGGCAGCCCAUAUCGAUGUCACAGUCGAGGAGUCAGUCAAACGAGUCAUAGCCUCCACGGUGAAGGCAUUUGGGAGGGUUGAUUAUUGCGUCAAUAGUGCUGGUAUUGGUGUCGAAAAUGCAAGUGAGAUGGCUGAAGCCAACGUCGCGGAAUUUAGCCGCUUUCAGACCAUCAAUGUCACCGGAACCUUUCUCGUUACACGCGAUGUAUCAGCCAUCAUGAAGAUGCAAGAGCCAAAACCGGCGGAUGCAGCUUACCCGGAGCGGGGAAUGAUCCGUGGGGCCAUCGUCAAUAUAGGAUCGUUGGCUUCGUUUGUAGCACAGCCAGGAAUGGUGCAAUACACAGCUUCGAAGCACGCAGUCUUAGGGCUGACCAAGAACGCGGCACUUGAUAAUGCAACACAUGGGAUUCGGGUCAACUGUGUGUGUCCAUCGUGGGUUGAUACGCCAAUGGUCCGGCGGGCCAUUGAGCAAGUAUCCGGGCUUGAGCAGACGAUUAAGACACUGGUGCCGUUCGGGCGCGUCGCUCGUCCUGAGGAAGUAGCCGAUGCAGUUAUUUUCUUGUGUAGCCCAAGGUCAAGUUAUGUGACGGGCUGCAGUCUGGUUAUUGACGGGGGCACUGCUCUGCGAGGCAUGUUGUAGAUGAUUUGCAAUGGUUGGUGGGAUAGCAGGAUCAUAGUGGCUCGUUAUUUGAUUAAGGCAUACCUACCUAAGCUGAUGCGUAUACUACCACCUUAGGUACCUAUCAGCGUAACAUUUAUGGGGAAGUAUUUCGCAAAAAAUGUGAUACUCCGACUGUCGACUUUGCUUGUUUCACGAAAGAGGCUCAAGGUUAAUCCUGACUUCCAGUUAUUGAAGCCUUUGGGGAAGGGGUGUGAUUAUCCAGUCGAUAGAUAUCGUUACUGUUACUCGAAGAUAGUCUAUGAUUACGGACCUUCUCUGUCAUUAUAGACAUAUAUCUUAAACUACCCAGAAGUCACAAAAUGAUAAAAUAUUCAUGCACAACUACCUCUUAUAUCUUAUCAUUUGAAAAUAAGUAACUAACUUAUAAGGUUAUCAUUAUUCGAACAUGGAGUCCUCUGGAAAACCGACAGCUGAAACUACUGCUAACAUCAACACCAAC